UAAAUGAAAUGAAACCGUCCAAUCCGGAUUGAAUAGGCAGUAAAAGUGGACGAAUAGAAAGCCUGUGCUGGCUGCUGGACUGAUUCUACAUCCAAUGGUCUGGGUGGCAAACAGUGGAUGUGUCCGCGGUGCGGUGGGAGCCACACUAGGUGGGACAGGGGACACUGGUACCAGUCUGGUUCCGAUCCGCUUUCUGCUGAAACCAGCGGGGCUCUGUGGCGGUUUACAACCCGCAGCGAUGAAUUAAAUCUGGGGAUCUGCCUCUGGAGGAUGGAGUGACCGAACCCCCCCUUCCUGGAUGAUUUGAUGGGGCUGCUCAGAGUCAUGAUGCCGCCCAAGUUGCAGCUGCUGGCGCUGCUCGCCUUCGCAGUGGCCAUGUUCUUCCUGGAGAACCAGAUCCAGAAGCUGGAGGAGUCCCGGGGAAAGCUCGAGCGAGCCAUCGCCAGACAUGAGGUGCGGGAGAUCGAGCAGCGGCACACUCACGACGGCCUGAGGGAGCGCGAGACGGCGGCCACGCUGUCCGACGCCGAGGAUGACCUGGUGAUCAUCUACAACCGCGUCCCCAAGACUGCCAGCACCUCAUUCACCAACAUCGCCUACGACCUGUGUGGGAAGAACCACUACCACGUCCUGCACAUCAACACCACCAAAAACAACCCCAUCAUGUCCCUGCAGGACCAGGUGCGGUUUGUAAAGAACGUGACAGAAUGGAAGGAAAUGAAGCCGGCCUUUUACCACGGACACGUCUCCUUCCUGGACUUCACCAAGUUCGGAGUGAAGAGGAAGCCCGUCUACAUCAACCUGAUCAGGGACCCCAUCGAGAGGCUGGUGUCUUAUUAUUACUUCCUACGUUUUGGGGACGACUACAGACCUGGGCUGAGACGCAGGAAACAAGGAGAUAAGAAGACGUUUGAUGAGUGCGUAUCAGCGGGCGGCUCAGACUGCGCUCCUGAGAAACUCUGGCUGCAGAUCCCCUUCUUCUGUGGUCACUAUUCUGAAUGUUGGAACGUGGGCAGCCAGUGGGCUCUGGAACAGGCCAAAUACAACCUGGUGAAUGAAUACCUGCUGGUGGGCGUCACUGAAGAGCUGGAGGACUUUGUGAUGAUGCUGGAGGCGGCGCUGCCACGUUUCUUCAGAGGAGCAACGGAGCUGUUUAAAACAGGAAAGAAAUCCCACUUAAGGCGGACCAGUGAGAAAAAGCCCCCCACUAAGGAGUCCAUCGCCAAGCUGCAGCAGUCGGCCAUCUGGAAGAUGGAGAACGACUUCUAUGAGUUUGCGCUGGAGCAGUUCCAGUUCGUCAGAGCCCACGCCGUCAGAGAAAAGGACGGCGAGCUCUACAUGCUGGCCCAAAACUUCUUCUAUGAAAAAAUCUACCCCAAAAACUGAGCUUUGAAGAGUCUUCUGCAUGUGAAUAAAGCCACACGUUCUGGGGAGAAGAUGGCGGGAUGUGAGGCCGCUGCUGUUGCCUUCAUAUGUUAGCGGGGCGAAACGUUUCCGUAAUCUGCGGAUACCCGCCGCAGGGCCGGGGAGCGUCGGGACGCCCUCUCUGUCCACAGCAGAGGUCAUGUGUGCCGUGGAGCCCACAGAAAACCCCGCCCACUGUGGAUCAGUUUGUUUACACUGGAAAAACGAACUAGAAAUAUGUAAACCUUUCUUAAAUUAAGUGUAUUUACCCUUAAUUUGAGCAGGUAAAUGAGAUGAUUUCCCCGUGUAAUGAGGAUUUUAGACAAAAUGCAAGUGAAAUGAGACAAUGCAAUUGUGUUUUCUUAUUUUAGAUAUAAAUUGUCUUGUUCCAUUGGCAAAAUGUCUCUCUUACCUCCUCAAUCCAAGAAAAAUGCACUUAUUUUAAGAAAAAAUGACUUAUUUAGAUUUAACUUUUUUCCAGUGUAGCUUAAAAGAAGACGACACUGGCUCCGUACUGUUUGUGAUUGGUUGUAUUUUAGCUCUUUAAUACUAUUAUUGUUCAUUUGUGAUUUUUCACAGUGAAGCGACAUCAUCAUGACUAACCUGAAGAGACUGUAAAAAAUUGACUUCCUGUUUUGUUUUGUAGAAAGGUGGAUUGUUUACUGGGGCAGGUGUGUGUGUGUGUGUGUGUGUGUGUGUUUUCUACUUGAUGUGUGACGCUUUUACACUAAAUGUCACUGAAGUGUGUCGGGACGUUACGGCCACGAUGCUGCUUCUCCAAACAUUUCGGCAGAGGGUUGAAGAUUUAGUGGAGAUUCACUGAUCAAUGAAGAGCCGUUUUACUCAAAAUUAAAUAAAAUUACAGUUAUAGAAUUAGAUUAAGUUAAGUAUUAAUAAAUAUUCCAUUAAAAAAUAUUUCCUUAUGAAAUAAAAUGUAAUAUAUAUUCAAAAAUAAUUUUCAUUUAUGUAAUUCAAGAUUUAUUUGCUGAUUUAAGCUUCAUAUGAUCUUUUUAUCUUUUUCACUUUAUGAUUUAUUUAUUUCAAAAUAUAUUUAUCAAAAAGCUUUUUAUUUCAAGAUUUGUUCAUUUGAGAAUAUAUAUUUUUCAAAAUAAAAGGUUUUACUCCUUUUUAUACCUUUACUUUAUUUGAAAGGGCAGAUUUCUCUGAGGAAUUAAACCCCCUCCUUCAAAGGUUUAAGCUCCGCCCACACAUUUGAAUAUACAAACAAGAAAUAAAAAUAAAAAAACACAGAAAUAAAAAGCCUAAAAAAAC